AUGCUCAAUGAAGGGCAAUGGCGCAUAGUAGGGACGUACCAAUGGCGACCCUUGUACCAGGAAUACUCAAAUUUAGAGGAGAAGGAUCUCUGUGAGGACGAGGUUCCUCUAAAUGAUAUCCCUAUCAUUCUGUACGAUACCAGACAGGAGGACAGGGGCAUGUUAGCCCCUCGCUACAUCGCAACGAAGGUGUCGGUACCGCAAGCCUCUGUUUCCAAUGUGAAGGUACGAUCUGGCCCGGCGCAGUUGUCAAAUGCAUCGACAGUGCCGGCCGUGCCUUUAGACCCUGCUGUCAACUGCGGUGUGACACCCUCCACAUCCGGUUCCUCAUUGCACACAAAAAAGAUCCCAUUCGUGGUUGCGACAACCCUUCCACAGCCAAUGCAUACUAUAUUUGUGUUGCCCUUUGUAAUUUUGUUAGCUGAUAUCGCGGUUACAGCCGCUGGUUUAAAUACCGUACCAUCUAGCCCAACCCUUGUUGCAUUGAGUUGCCUCUUGGUGCUCGCCCCUGAUGUCGCAGCAAUUGCCCUCAUCUUUAAGAGAGGACGGUUUUCCAGUACGGCAGCGACCCAUGUAGCAUUAUGGCCCUGCGUAGCCUUAAUUUUUCUUUUCCCUUUUGUUUCCAUGAUCUUCGUGGUACAUGUCUUCUUGAGGCUUAUUCUUCUGCUAUUCAUCUAUCGCCUCCGCGUGAGCACCCAUACAACAUACUUUACUUUCCAGUAG